AGCCGAGUGAUUGCGGCUGUCUUUACCCAUAAUCCUAUUCGAUACUAGGGCCUACGCUAUCCCAGAAAUGUAGAUCCGCCCACUUCCCGUGUAACUGAUGCCGCCAUCUCUUCCAGGAGGAAGAGUAUAUAGAGAAACAAAAGGGUCUGUACAAGGACGGGUUGAUGGAGAACCACCGACCCCUCGCAUCACUGGAUGGGCCCAGUAACAGAGAUACCCCAGAGAGAUGUCCCCGUUCUCUGUAUUCCCAGGAUUGUACAGAGGAGAAUCACAGGAUCCCACAGGAGGAUCAGAUAGAACGUCUAUCGGAUAUUAAGAUAGCUGAUAUAGAGGGGGAAGAAGAGACGUUUGUGACUGAUAUAAAGGCAGAAGAUAUAGAGGGAGAAGAGACAUAUGCGACUGAUAUAAAGACAGAAGAUAUAGAAGAAGAGGAGAUAUAUAUGACUGUGAUAAAGGCAGAAGAUAUAGAAGAAGAAGAGACUUAUGUGACUGAUAUAAAGGCAGAAGAUCUAGAAGGAGAAGAGACGUAUGUGACUGAUAUAAAGGCAGAAGAUCUAGAAGGAGAAGAGACGUAUGUGACUGAUAUAAAGGCAGAAGAUCUAGAAGGAGAAGAGACGUAUGUGACUGAUAUAAAGGCAGAAGAUAUAAAAGGAGAAGAAGAGACGAAUGUGACUGAUAUAAAGGCAGAAGAUAUAGAAGAAGAAGAGCCAAAUGUGACUGAUAUAAAGGCAGAGGAUAUAGAAGGAGAAGAGACGUAUGUGACUGAUAUAAAGGCAGAAGAUAUAGAGGGAGAAGAGACGUAUGUGAUGAUAGAUCAGCAGAGUAAGGAGGAGGAAAUCCCUACAGAUAUCGGCACAGGAAUGUCCAGGGACCAGCGCCCCCGCGCCACCCCUUCCCCCCACUUCUCAGAAAAAUUGCUGGACAGCAACGAUGAGUGGGCCCCGACCCAGGAGGAGGAGAUAGGCGAGCAGCCGAGGUCAUCAAGGGACCAAGGCCGUAGGAGAAAAAAGAAAAGGCCAAGCCAGGCAACAAGCCAGCCAGAGCGUCAGUCAGAUGAGGAAGCCUCUGGAGAAGACACAGGACGGAAGAAUCCGCGUGGACCCCGGUACACCGAGGCAGAAAACUGUGCCCUAGUGGAUGGUGUCGACAGGUCCUACGACGUUCUGUACGGACUAAGGGCCCAGAAUACUGCAGCAAAUACAAAGAGGAAGAUCUGGGUGGCCAUCACGGAUCAAGUCAUUGCAGUAUCUGGAAACUGUCGGAGCACCAGAAACUGCAUGAAGCGUUACAGUGACUGCCGUAGACAGACCAAGAAAAAGAUGGGGAUUCAGCGCCAACAUGAGACAACAACCGGAGGCGGUCCGCCUCUGAAUUUCAAGUGGCUGCCCUGGGAGAAAGUUAUAAAAAGGCGCAUGAACCCUGUCAUGGUCCAAGGAGUUCGAGGAAGUGUGGACUCCACCCGUCCUGCUGGCUUUCAAGAGGAGGAAGAACCGCCCAGAAGACGGAAGAUGGCGGGAGCCCAGCUGUCCAAAAAGAGACGUGAUGACACGCCUACGCGCAGACCUUUACCUACACGCCGGACAUCACCAGCGCCCAGACCAGCACCUGUGCGCCAAAUUUCAACAGCACGCAGUACAUCACCUGCGCGCAGGGCAUCACCAGCUCGUGAUCAAUCCUCCAGAAGCUCAGAGACUGUGACCGAAGAGCCUCAAGAAGCAGACAUCACCCUUUAUACUGUGGACCCAUCACCCGACCUGUUUGAGUCGACAUGGUUAACCGAUGAGACAUUUUCAGGGUCUGAUGACAGCAGUGCCGACGCAUCAAUCCGUAGCCAAGAAAUGUCUCCAGAUUUGAGGCCCAGAGAAGCACCUGGAGCAUCGGCAGCACAGAAUGCAGAAGAGGUGCCACACACCAGCAGCGGACUUGCGUUAGGGAUCAGUCCCUACUUCAGGCCGGAUCUGUUACAGGAAGAGUUGGACGACGAGAUGGAUGUGCAGCAGCCUGCAGUUUUUACAACCCUGUCUGCACAAAUGCAAUUGGUGACAGACGUUCAGCAAGGGCAGGAUCCCUCAAGGGUUCAGAGGGUAAGCAACCUGGCAACAGAGAUGCUGCAACGCCAGGACAGUUUUCGGGAUGUCAUCAACACCAGACUGGGGGCCAUUGAGAAGUCAAUGGAGAAGAUGGCCACAGUUAUGGUUGAGAUGCAAAAGGCCAUGGCCCACAGCAUGGCUGUGUUGAUAGAGACCAGGCAGAAAGAUCACAGGGAGAGACUGGACGUCCUCCACAGUCUGGUGACAUCCAUCAACCGGCUGGUGGAGAACACGGCAUGCCUGUCGCAAAGCAGUCACAACAUGUCUGAAAGCCAGCGACAUUCCGCAGCCAGCGCACAGCUCAUCGCAACGACACUCCAGAUGAUCUACGACAAACUCCCAGAGUCAGCUCAACAACAUGCCAUUCAGCCACCACAUCUGCCACCACCAGCCACACUGACGCCUCCUGGCCUUUCUCCACCACAACCCUGGAAUGGACAGUCACAUCAGUACCAAGGGUAUGCAGGGAUGUACCCCAUCUACGAAAUGCCUCUACCACAAACACCGGCCUCAACAUCUACACAAGAACGGCCACUAAGGCCAAUACAACGCACUCAGCAGCCGCCAAGGACACCGUCGCCACCUCAGGAGGAAGAGGAUCAGGACAGCCCCCACACACAAUAGAGCGGGCAUAUUUUUUCAUUAUUUCCAAUGUUAAUGUUGCUGCUUACCCUUUUCUCUCUCCCAUUAGUUUUUUUUCUUUUGUAUUAAUGUUCUAAUUUUCUGUGUUUAAAUUUAAUAUGUAGUCUUUGUUUUUAUGAACAAUUAAAUUACGUCUGUUAAUUUUCUACAAUAAAUGUUAAAUUGAGAA